GAAACGUCCCUCUCCUUGCCUGGGCGAAAAGGAGGGCGGCGCGGAGGAAGAAGGGGGUGACUCCGCUCCGCGCGGAGGAUUGUGGGAGGAGGUUGUCUCCAGUUUCUCCUCCCCCCCUUUCCCUUCCCCCCCUCCCGGCCAAGAUGUCUGACAUGGAGGAUGAUUUCAUGUGCGAUGAUGAGGAGGACUACGACCUGGAAUAUUCUGAAGAUAGUAACUCUGAACCAAAUGUGGAUUUGGAAAACCAGUACUACAAUUCCAAAGCAUUGAAGGAAGAUGACCCAAAAGCAGCAUUAAGCAGUUUCCAGAAGGUUUUGGAGCUUGAAGGUGAAAAAGGAGAGUGGGGAUUUAAAGCACUGAAACAGAUGAUUAAAAUAAACUUCAAGUUGACAAACUAUCCAGAAAUGAUGAAUAGAUAUAAACAACUAUUGACCUACAUUCGGAGUGCAGUCACAAGGAAUUAUUCUGAAAAGUCUAUUAACUCUAUUCUUGAUUAUAUCUCUACUUCCAAACAGAAUUCUGAUUUUUUAUGUCAGAUGGAUUUACUGCAGGAAUUCUAUGAAACAACACUGGAAGCUCUGAAAGACGCUAAGAAUGAUAGGCUGUGGUUUAAGACAAACACAAAGCUUGGAAAAUUAUAUCUAGAACGAGAAGAAUAUGGAAAGCUUCAAAAAAUUUUGCGCCAGUUGCAUCAGUCAUGCCAGACGGAUGAUGGAGAAGAUGACCUUAAAAAGGGUACACAAUUAUUGGAAAUUUAUGCGUUAGAAAUUCAAAUGUAUACAGCACAGAAAAAUAACAAAAAACUUAAAGCAUUGUAUGAACAGUCACUGCACAUCAAAUCAGCCAUCCCCCAUCCACUGAUCAUGGGUGUCAUUAGAGAAUGUGGUGGUAAAAUGCACUUAAGAGAAGGUGAAUUUGAGAAGGCUCACACUGAUUUUUUUGAAGCAUUCAAGAAUUAUGAUGAAUCAGGGAGUCCCAGACGAACCACUUGCUUAAAAUAUUUGGUCUUAGCAAACAUGCUAAUGAAAUCGGGAAUAAAUCCAUUUGACUCUCAGGAGGCAAAGCCGUAUAAAAAUGAUCCAGAGAUUCUAGCGAUGACGAAUUUAGUAAGUGCCUAUCAGAAUAAUGACAUCACUGAAUUUGAGAAGAUUCUGAAAACAAAUCACAGCAACAUCAUGGACGAUCCCUUCAUAAGGGAGCACAUUGAAGAGCUUUUGCGAAACAUCAGAACACAAGUGCUUAUAAAAUUAAUUAAGCCUUACACAAGAAUACAUAUUCCUUUUAUUUCUAAGGAAUUAAACAUAGAUGUAGCUGAUGUGGAGAGCUUGCUGGUACAAUGCAUAUUGGAUAACACUAUUCAUGGCCGAAUUGAUCAAGUCAACCAGCUCCUUGAACUGGAUCAUCAGAAGAGGGGUGGUGCCCGAUAUACUGCACUAGAUAAAUGGACCAACCAGCUAAAUUCUCUCAACCAAGCUGUAGUCAGUAAACUGGCUUAACAGAGAACAAGCUUUUACAAGACAUACUUAAGGCAACAGUGCAGUGAUGUAAACCUUAAAAGAACUGGGAAUGGCAAAACUACUGUCGGUUGAUGUGCCCUGAAAAUUAUUGGAGUUAUGGCAGAAGUGCUUUUUUGAUCAGCUGGUUUGUGUUUUGCUGCUGCAUUUAUCCCAAGAAAAACAGCUUUAAUCUCCAGAAGAAAACCAAAAUGCCACGGGAUUUAUGCUGUAUUGACAUCUUGCCCUAAACAUACAACAUCAUAGUAAUUUGUCACGGGCAACUAAUGACCAGAGAGAAGAUUUUUGUCAUGAUUUUAAAUACACUGACACGUUACUGUUGGUUAAAUUUAAACAUGUUUUACCUGCAGAAAUUCUCUCACAGAAAUAACCUGCAAUAACUUGAAAUGCAUACCCUUUUGAACACUUCCUUUUCUCAUGUAUAAAUUAAAAAAUGUUUGCUGCAUUUUGCAAAAUGUCAAUUCUCCAAAAAUGUGUCCGUAUAUUUCUGUACCUGCAGUGUAGUAAAGGUUUAGACGAAACCCCAUAAUGAUAGUGGCAUACUGUCACUUAGGUUUCAAGCAGCAAAAUAAACAGUGCAGCUCAGAAAUUGUA